AGCACGAGACCCGGAGCCGGCGAGCGCUGAGAGCUGGGGAGCCAGCCCUAGCUGUAGGUGAGCGCACUCGGAGCAACCUGAACGCCCGACAUUCUCCAACGGCCUCUCCCGCCACCUCCAUGACCCACAUCCUCCCAUUUCCUAUUUCCAGCCUCGUGCCCAGUAGCUUUUAGGUCUGUCAACACAUGAGGAAUGGCCGAUUUUGGGAUCUCAGCUGGCCAGGCUGUGGCAGUGGUCUGGGAUAAGUCAUCCCCUGUGGAGGCUCUGAAAGAUCUGGUGGAUAAACUUCAAGUGUUAACUGGUGACAAAGGCCAAGUGUCGGUGGAGAACAUGAGCCAGCUGUUGCAGUCUGCCCACAAGGAAUCCAGCUUUGACGUUAUCUUGUCAGGUGUAGUCCCAGGAAGUGUGACUCUGCACAGUGCUGAGGUUUUGGCUGAGAUGGCCCGGAUCCUUAGGCCUGGGGGAUGUCUUUUCCUGAAAGAACCAGUAGAGACAGCUGUAGAUAAAGAUAGCAAAGUGAAGACAGCGUCUAAACUGUGUUCAGCUCUCACUCUCUCUGGUCUUGUGGAAGUAAAAGAGCUGCAGCGGGAGUCCUUGAGCCCUGAGGAGAAGCAGUCUAUCCAGGAACAUCUGGGCUGCAGCAGUGAGAGCCUGCUCUCUGUUCAGAUCACAGGCAAAAAGCCAAACUUUGAAGUGGGUUCUUCCAGUCAGCUUAAACUUUCUACCACCAGAAAGUCUCCUUUGGUGAAACCUGCUGUGGACCCUGCCACUGCCAAGCUCUGGACCCUCUCAGCCAAUGACAUGGAGGACGAGAGCAUGGAUCUCAUUGACUCAGAUGAGCUACUGGAUCCAGAAGAUUUGAAAAAACCAGAUCCUGCUUCCCUACGGGCUGCUUCUUGUGGGGAAAGAAAAAAGAGGAAGGCUUGUAAGAACUGCACCUGUGGCCUUGCAGAAGAACUAGAAAAAGAGAAGUUACAGGAACAGAAGAAUGCCCAGCCCAAGUCAGCCUGUGGAAACUGCUACCUGGGAGAUGCGUUCCGCUGUGCCAGCUGCCCCUACCUUGGGAUGCCAGCCUUCAAACCUGGCGAGAAGGUGCUGCUGAGUGAUGGCAAUCUUCACGAUGCCUAGGAGGACCCAUGGGACACAUCUGCUCCUCCACCACCUCCUGUCCCUCAGAUCCCACCACUGUGGCUCCUCCCACCUCCUUGGACUCUCUGGCUCUCCGUUGGAAAUCCCUUUUCAGGGAGGGUGCUUGUAGACAGGGAAGCUGGCUGUGGGUGCAGUGGUGUGUAGUGCUGCUGUUUGUGUGCAAAGACCCAGGCUUGGUUGCCUGGCUUCCUGCAGGGGGGGGGCCUCUUUCCUCAUCUAGUGUUAGGAGAAGGGAGCAUGCCCAGAAGAGGCCCCCCUCCUGGUGUUACAGAAGCACUGACCAGACACUCUCGAGCCCAGACAUCCUUGAGUGUCUGUGCUCUGGGACGAGCUCCAGGCCCUGCCCGUCCUAAGCUCAGUUACCCUGCCACGUACCUGUCUUCCCAAGUUGGUGGUUAACUUGAUGUGCAGUUUUUAGUGACGAGUCAACUGUCUCAUGUCUCAACACCAAAGGAGUCACUCACAGGUUACUGUGAUCCCAUCCCAUGUCUCUCUACCCCUUCCCGCCCCCUCACUUUAGUGUUGCAUCUGUGUCCCGUGUCAUUUCUGUUCCUCUAUAGGUAUUAAACUUGCAUACUUCUGUGUA